UGACAGACGACAAAUUGUUUUGUUCGGUUUCCGAUGUGGUGGUCCGGCCACAAUAAAAAUACGUAGUAAUCUAAUGAAAAGUGCUAUAAAUACAAAACACAUCCAGCAACAAGGAAUCCUUUAGAGUAAAGAUAAUUAGUUUUUUAAAAUGUCGAAUAUAUCAAAGAGAAGAAAAGAAGGAUCAAAGGCCAAGAUCAAGAGCAUGGGUGACCACAAAGAAUUCCUGAAGCGCAUCACUAAGACCUUGUACUACGGGGAGCUGCCAAUACUGCCUUGUCUGAGUCUCCCAGUCACUGAGAUCUCGUGCGAGGUGUGGUCGGUGCCGCAGCGCGGGCGCUCGUUGCGUCGUCUACACGCGGACGCGGCGGCACGUUAUAGAUACAUAGAUGAGUGUGUGUGCGCAGAGAUCUCGUGCGAGGUGUGGUCGGUGCCGCAGCGCGGGCGCUCGUUGCGUCGUCUACACGCGGACGCGGCGGCACGUCUGGCACGCGGGGCCUGCGUGUCCCCAUGUGCCUUAGUUCUGGCCAUCCUGUACCUGGAGCGGCUUCACCACAAGAACCCCGACUACAUCGCCGCCACUGCGCCCGCUGAUCUCUUCCUCGUUUCAUUGAUGGUUGGAAACAAAUUCUUACAAGACGAUGGCGAAGAUGACGAAGUGAUAUGUUCGGAAUGGGCGGCGUCCGGCAACAUUGAGCUCGACCACUUGAAGAAACUUGAAUUGGAGUUCCUUAAUGCAAUAGACUGGAAGGUAUUCGUGAGCGAAAACUCGUUUGAAGAGGGGCUGCGUUGGCUAGAAAGGCACGUAGCUUUGAAGCAGGCCAAGUUGCGAGGGUUCUUCACGUACACGGACCUAGUGGCCGCGGGGGCUCCGUGUUUGUUCGAAGCGGUCGCCGGACUCGCUCUAGCACUCGCCGCGUUAGCAUCCGCACUAGCAAUACUUACACCGGCGUUACUACUCGCUCGUCACUUCGCCAGUCACUCUAAUACCCUCGACCGUCACACUACAGCCGAUACUCUAACGUCGCUCAACAUCACUUUAGAUCCGACCACACAAAAUCUCGUCCUAGAUCCGACCACACAAAAUCUCGUCCUAGAUCCGACCACUCAAAAUCUCGUCCUAGGUACGACCACUCAAAAUCUCGUCCUAGAAGACAACGCGGCAGAUCGCUUGCGCUGCUGCACUACCUGGACUACGUACCAAGAGAGCGUUUCUGAGGAACUCCCGCGCAUAAGAAACUGGUUCGACGGCCUGGUACUGUACGACUGGACGAGCUUCGAGCCUUGGUGGUCGCGGACUUCGGUACUGAACUGGCUGUACCAGAGCUCCUUAGUAGAUCCGAUGCAGAGGUGGCUGGAAAGAUUGGAUGGCGAAGUGGCGAAGCAACCGACGUUGGGCGGAUGCCGCGUGUCGCCGGGAGUCAAGCCGCGGCCUCACUGUGUACGGCAGUGGCUCGACCUCAGCAAGCUCAACACCCUAGUUACCCUAGUGUCCGAUCGGUAGAUAUCACAGAACACAGAGGUUAGAUAGGUUAUCGUGGACCGUUUGUACGGGAACCGAUGUCGCCUGCUCGCCCCCGCUACGCAUUCACCUAACAGAUAAUAGCCAAUCAAACGACGCGACAUCAAACAAUGUAAUCAAUCAGCGCUCCCACCGGAGAGUAAAGCCAGAAACAUAUUAACGUGUCGUGUCGUGACGUGGCGCAUCGGUUUCAUUCAUUUAUUAUGGGUUAGAGAGAGAUAGAGAGGUUAAAGCGUCGACACGACACGAUACGUUAAUAU